CCCCUCACCUCCGUCUAUCCACCCUCUAACAUCCCACAAACAAACACACAACUCACACACACGGCGAGGGGAGAGAGAAAAUAUAUAGCGAGAGAGAAAUUCAAUUAGUAUGAAUUAGGAAGAAUAGGGGAGAGAGAAAUUUGUAGACACAGACAAAAAUUGCUAAAGUCUAUUCGUAUACCACGCGAAGGCUUUUUGUUUUAAUCUUCUCUCCCUUCUUUUCCUUCCUUUUUGACUCACUUUCUCUCCGGCAUUGUUUUUAGAAUUUUCUCAGUAUAUACGCUUCUUAUCCCUAAUUGCGAAAAACACUUUUUUACAGACACAACAAAAUCAAAAGCGAGAAGUAUCAGAUCUAGUCCUCUCUCUCUCUCUCUCUCUCUCUGAUCGAUUGAUCAACGUAACUGACCUGACACGGAAGGUAUCCAAUGCUCUUUAUUGUACAGACCUCUCCAACAUUUAACAAAAUUUUCAUGUCCUUAAACUUAUCAGAUCUCAAGCUUUUCAAUAUUCUUUUUUCACACUAAAUUCUGUUUCUUCAAUUUGUUAGUGAAUUUUCUGAGAAAUUAUAGAUUUUCUCUAGCAAAAAUUCACAUAUUUUUCUCUAGACAAUCCGUAGACGAACUUUCCGAUCCUUGAAUUCUAUAGAAACUCUGAAUUCACAAUUUUUUUAUUUCCGCUUUCGGAUUCCAAGAUUGUUAAAAGCUUUGCAAUCUAGAUUUCGUUUAUAAAAUUUGUGAUCGAUUUGAAUGGAAAGUGGUGGUGGUCGAAGAAGGAGAUCGCACUCGGGCGAAGGAAUCGACUCAUUGAACCUUCGAGACUUCCUUCGAGUGAGAGACGAAGAGGAAAGCCGUAAUUCGCUGGCCGGACUGACUCUAAGCGCAAUCCUGGAGAGCGAGAAGAGAGCGGCGCCGGUUAACCGGACGCUCCUCGACAUCAUCCGAGACGACCCCAACGGCGGUUUCAAGAACAACAAGAAGAGCUGGAAAGUCUUCAGGAACAAGCUCCGACUCCGCCGCGCCGGCGCCGCCUGGAUCUCCACCCUUCCGGUUCCGCGCUCCGACGUUCCGGUUCAGAACAACAACAGAGUGAUAAUAUCUCGACGAAACUCAACUAGUUCUGUGAACACGCAAAAUCAAAUUCAACCCCAAAUGUCAACAUCACCGGCAAUUAACAACGGAUUGGUGGAAACAAAUUCAGUUCCGAAUACAGCAAUGUUGAACGCAGGCACUCAAAGGGGCGGUGAGUCACCGAUAGAGGCGGUGGCGGUGGAGGCGGGUGGGGACUCACCGGUGAGGAUGUCAUUGAUGGCAUUGUUGGCGGAGACCGAUAGAGAAAUGGGGUUGGAUGGUUCGGCAUAUAUGGUGGAUGAUGAUGAGAUAUUGGAAAUGGAGGCGGAGGAGGAGGAGGAGAAGGAAGAAGAAGACCACGGCGGAGGCGGUGGUGAAGGUGGAGGGUAUAAUAACUGCUGUGUGUGCAUGGUGAGACACAAAGGGGCGGCGUUUAUACCUUGCGGACAUACAUUUUGCAGGCUGUGUUCGAGGGAAGUUUGGGUUCAGAGAGGUAAUUGCCCUCUCUGCAAUGGUUUCAUUUUGGAAAUUCUUGAUAUCUUCUGAACUAAAUUAAUCAUCAUCAUCGUUGUCGGUCGGCAACAACCCUGCACAGCACUGAAGUCUAAACUGUUCGGUUAUGAUAUUUUCUAGUAAUAUUUUUUCUUAUCUUAAGUUUUUGUAAUUUUGUGUUUUUUAUAGCUAGCAUCUGGGUUGGUGAACAAUAAGAAGUUUGAUUUUGGAUUUUCAACAUGAUCACAAAUCAGAUAUUAUAGUAAUUUGUUAUGGCAGUUGGUCGCCAUUUUGUA